AUGCCUCUUACACCACUAGUAAUUAGUGCAACAACGAAUAACAAUAAUAAUUCAACAUCGCCAAAUCUUCCUCCCUCUUCAAAUUCUACGAUACCCUCUGCAUCAGUGCUGAUAUCGGCAAGUAAUCAAACUGGAGUAAGAAGAAAUACAACAAAUAAUAAUAAUACUACUUAUGGAUCUGCUUCGGCAACAGUAAUUGGAGUUGGAAGAAGUCUGCAAUCAAGAGGAGGAAAACAAAAUGUAAUGAUUCCACUCGGAACAAUGGGAAAUACACCAACAACUGUACAUAAUUAUCAAACUCCAAGAAAGGACGAUCCUGUUAUUAAUAAUUCAAAUUUUGAAAACUCUCCAAUAUCAUCCAAUCAUUCAAAUUCUCAUAGUAAGGAGUAUGAACAAGUGAAUCAAGUUUUUGAUGGUUUAUCAUCAAGUAUUCAUCAAUUGUAUCAUCAAUUAAAACAAACACAGGAAAGUAUUAGGAAAAUAUCCGAGAGCCAACCUUCCUCUUUGAAUAAUUCUUUCAAUACAAGUGUUGGAGAGGCUAGUAUUAUUGAUCCUAAUUCAUAUUCAUCACCAAGUGUUGGACGUUACCACAAUCAAUAUAAUUCAUCUAUGGAAGAAGCAUUAGAAAGUAGUGCUAUUAUUCGUAAUGAUGAUUCUAUUGUACUUUCCGAUGCAGAUGAAAUUAUUUCUCUCGAAAAUACUUUGGGAAAUACAACCACUACAAAUACUACAUCAUCAAUCAAUACUGGAUCAAUGCUCAAUUUGGAACCAUUUCUUCAUCAAACAGUUAGCACCUCCAUGUUACAAGAUUCUUCUGUUUUUCAUGAUUUGAAAUCUGAAUUGGAUUUUAAAAAUGAGGAAAAUCUAACUCUCAAAUUAAGAAUUGAACAAUUAACAAAUCUAAUUUCAACUCUCGAAGAACGAGCCAAUUCAAGUAUAAAUCUUAUUGAACCUGCUAAACAGACUAACUAUAUCCCAAAGAGUGAAGGUAGUGCAGAGCAGAUCAAACAAUUGAAAGAACAAUUGGCUAUUCAACAGGAAAUUAAUAGAAUGCAAAAUAGCAAGAUUGAAAAUUAUGAAUCUGCAAUUCAAAUCAUUCUCACAAGAUCUCAUGAUAAGAUUCAAGAUAUUACUCAAGAAAAUUCCAGAAUGACUGAAUUACUCCAACAAGAGAAUGGUACUCUUCAAGCAAUCAAUAAUAAGCUUUUAUUGCAAAACACCAUACUCAAGUCUAAGUUAUUGGAAAUGAUACAAGUAAUGAGAGAUGCAGCUAGAGAAAGAGAUUUGGAACUCAUCAAUUAUGAGUCACUGUUAAAUGCUAACAUUAAGGAACGAGACGUACUCGUUGAGCUAUUAAAUAUUGGAAAACAAUAUGGAAAUAUUCAAGAAUAAAUUGUACAUUAGAGUUUUGUAAACAAUU